AUGGAUAUCCAAUCAAUUACUAACGGUUCUACAGUCCACAAACAGGUGUUUUUGGGCCACAGCAGUGGUUCCAACGAAAACGAUGCUGUGGCAAUCUCGUACCCUGCCACCGAGGUGGUGGGCCAUGGGUCGUUUGGCGUUGUUUUCACCACUCAGAUCAACGAAAGCGGCGACCGCGUUGCAAUCAAAAAAGUCCUGCAGGAUCGUCGUUUCAAGAACCGUGAAUUAGAAAUUAUGAAGCAGCUACGGCAUCCCCAAAUCGUGGAUCUCAAAUACUAUUUCUACGAAACAGAUCCCGAAAACGAGGUCUAUCUAAACCUCAUUCUCGAGUUUAUGCCACAAUCACUCUACCAGCGACUGCGCCAUUACGUCACACAACGAACCAAUAUGCCUCGCAUCGAGAUCAAAUUGUACACAUACCAAUUGGUUAAAUGCCUGAAUUAUUUGCAUACACACGCCAAAGUUUGCCAUCGUGACAUCAAACCACAGAAUUUAUUGGUGGAUCCAGAGACAUUUGCGCUCAAGCUGUGCGAUUUUGGUAGCGCCAAGCAACUCCGGCCCUCGGAACCCAAUGUUUCCUACAUUUGUUCACGCUACUAUAGGGCCCCCGAAUUGAUUUUCGGUGCAACCAACUACACAGUACAGAUUGACAUUUGGUCUAGCGGGUGUGUCAUGGCCGAAUUGAUUCUUGGCCAGCCCAUGUUUCCUGGUGAAAGUGGGAUAGAUCAGCUUGUGGAGAUCAUCAAGAUUCUGGGGACUCCCACCAAACAAGAAAUUUGUUCAAUGAACCCCAACUAUAUGGAGCACAAGUUCCCACAGAUACGGCCGAUCCCGCUUGCCAAAGUCUUUAAACGCGAGGACGAGCAAACCGUCCAGUUUCUAUCGGACGUGCUGCGAUACGACCCUACCGAGCGGUUCAACGCUCUGCAGUGUUUGUGCUCGUCCUACUUUGAUGAGUUACGCCAGGCCGACGAACGGGACCCCCAGCUUGCCGAAGCUGUGCAAAGGUUGAAUUUGCUCGACUUUAGCGACCAGCUCGAUUUCGAUUCGCUUUCUCUCGAAGAGUCCCAGACUGUGAAAGAAAAACUUCAAUUAUGA